UAUUCGACAGCAUCCGGCCCAUUCAGCUCGAUCUCUCCAGAAAGUUCCACGCUGAAGAGCCGUUAUAAGAACCAGCCAUCUUCUAGAAACCGUUUUCACUUCAGACUGACACCACAGUCAUUUCGUAGGAGACAAUAAUACCACAAGCUGUCAUAAUGGUUCGCGAAACUGGCUACUACGAUCUCCUUGGUGUUGGACCCAAAGCGUCUGCGGAGGAAAUUAAAAAAGCUUACAGAAAACUGGCGUUAAAAUAUCACCCGGACAAGAACCCCAAUGAGGGCGAGAAGUUCAAGCUUAUAUCGCAAGCAUAUGAUGUGCUUUCGGAUUCCAAAAAGAGAGAUCUCUACGACCAAGGCGGCGAGCAAGCAAUUAAAGAAGGCGGUAUGGGCGGAGCGUCGUCCCCCAUGGACAUUUUCAACAUGUUCUUUGGGGGCGGGGGAAGGAUGCAGAGAGAGAGGAGAGGGAAGAACAUUGUCCACCAGUUAAGCGUUUCCCUGGAGGACAUGUACAAUGGCUGCACGAGGAAGCUGGCACUCCAGAAGAACGUCAUAUGUGAAAAGUGCGAAGGUUAUGGUGGGAAGAAAGGUACCUUGGAGAAAUGCUCCAGCUGUAAAGGAAGAGGAGUGCAGAUCAAGGUGCAGCAGAUAGGACCGGGCAUGAUUCAGCAGAUUCAGAGCAUGUGCGGAGAUUGUCACGGGCAGGGCGAAUCGUUCAGCUCAAAGGACCGCUGCAAGAAUUGCAAUGGGCACAAAGUGGAGCGUAAGAAGAAAAUCCUGGAAGUUCACAUUGACAAAGGCAUGAGAGACGGUCAGAAGAUCACAUUUCACGGCGAAGGAGACCAGGAGCCUGACCUGGAGCCCGGUGACGUCAUCAUCGUGCUGGACCAGAAGGAGCAUAGCCUUUUCAAACGAAGCGACGAUAACCUCACCAUGACCAUGAGCAUCAAACUGGUGGAGGCCUUGUGCGGCUUCAAGAAGGCCAUCAACACCCUGGACGACCGAACGCUCGUCAUCACCUCGCAACCAGGUGAAGUUAUAAAGAACAACGACACAAAGGUGAUCCAAAACGAAGGAAUGCCAGUGUACAGGAGCCCUUACGAGAAGGGACAACUCUUCAUCCAGUUCCAGGUGGAGUUUCCUGAAAAACACUGGCUCCCGGAACAUCUGAUGUUCCAGCUGGAAAGGCUGCUUCCCCCCAGGGAGGACGUGUUGAUCACCGACGACACGGAGGAGGUUGAGCUCUGCGAGGUGGACGAGCGAACGCAGCAGCGGAACUACAGCAGAGAAGCUUACGACGAAGACGAGGAGGCUCCCAGAGGUGGCGUGCAGUGUCAGACGCAGUAGUCUGCCACUCUGUGGGCAAAGUGAAUCACCUGGGCUGAGGUUCUUUAGUUAGUGUGUUCCAACUUUUGUGCUGAUUAAGCACCCAGCCCAAAUUUUUACUUUGUUCUAAGAACCACUGAGUUGGAAACAUAACUUGACACCCAAGUGGCACAGUUUAGUUCAGGAAAGACUGAUCUGUUUUUUUUUUUUUUUUACACAAAUGAAAAUGAAUCCCAUCUCGUUCAUAAUCACCUUUUUAAGGUCCAUCGCGCACUCUGAGCUAGUUGACCAAAGCUCCUAAAUUGUUGUAUCUAGUUUUGCUGUCACUCGUAAUUUGAAUUGUUGAUGAACGGCGCUGCAAAUGUAACGGUCAAUCAAAAAUUUCAUCAGAGGUGUUGUUCACAUCAAAAACGGUUUCUAAGGUCACUACAUUUUUUUUUAACAAUAUAAUAUAUAUUGCACCUAUGGCUGAAAAGCAAAGUGUUAAUAUCCAUUUCAAAAAGCUGAUUUUAAUCACCUUUGACACAAAUGAAUAUGUACUGAACUGUACCACUUGGUGAAAACAUUGCUUUAUUUAACAUUCUUUAGAUAUGGUUAUGCAAGGUUUGUGAUUGGUAAAAAAAACAUUAUGUACCUGUUGCUGGUCUUCUCUUUAUGUUAAUACCCCAACAGAUGUAUUAAGAAGUUUAAAAGACUACUUUGUAUGCUUUCCGUGAAGGUCAUUUCAGUCAUAGCUCCUCAAAAACUUUUAUCAAUAAAUUUCCUGUGUGCUUCAA